GGCCCAAGAGAGGUCUUUGCUGCCCUCUGCUGGACGGUUGUGGAACUCAUUUCUCAAACACGUUUCCUGUUUAUUUUUUCUUGCAAAGUACAGAGACUUCCACAUGAAUCAUUCAAGAGGAAACGAACUUUUUUGUUUGUUUUUUCCUGGUCUUUUCUCUUUCGUUUUCUGAACGCCCUGAAGAGAAAGCAGAAGACGAGGCUUUCCUUACAAUUCCCAGGCUGAGCCUUGAACCCGGGACUGGACGGGCAGAGCGGUGGUCCAGCCUUUGGAGGAAGUGGGCGGCAGCUGCACCCCCUUGCCGGGGUCAGGGGGAAGGGCAGGGAACCAGAAGGACCAGCGGCACUCAGGAGCCAAGCAUGGCCCAGGCAGAGGCCCCCAUUGAGACCCCAGCCCUGGGCCGCCCCUUCCAGCUGGGGAUGCUGUACGACUGCCGCAGGGAUACCCUCAUCCCAGGAGUCACCCUUUGGGAUUACGACUCUCUUCAGAAGGACCUGACCAUCAAGCCUCAGCCCAAAACUGAAUCUGAAAUCAUUGCAUCCGACAGCAUAGAUGAUAAGAGCUCUGCCCUGGACAUCUCAGCCUCCCUCACGGCCAGUUUCCUGGGAGGGCUGGUUGAAGUGGGAGGGUCAGCCAAGUAUCUUCAUGACAAAAAGAAGUCCAAGAAACAGGCCAGAGUCACCGUUCAGUACAAAACCACCACCAGGUAUGAACAGCUGACAAUGAACCACCUAGGAAUCCAGAAUAUCUCUCACAAAGCCGUCUUUGAGCAUGGCACAGCCACCCAUGUGGUCACCGCCAUCCUCUAUGGAGCCCAGGCCUUUUUUGUCUUUGACCGAGAAGUUUCUUCAAAGGAGAUGGUAAAAAAUAUAGAGGGAAACCUCCGGGCUACACUCACGAAGGAAAUAUCUAUUGGAGGAGAAGCAGAGGUCCAACUGACUGCGAAGGAGAAAGAGGAUGCUCUGAAGUUCAGGUGCAAAUUCCAUGGAGACUUUUCUUUGGAGAAAAAUCCAGUCACUUUCCAAGAUGCCAUGAAAGUUUAUGAAACUCUCCCAAAAAUGUUAGGGAAAGAUGGGGAGAAGGCUGUGCCUAUGAGGGUCUGGCUCUACCCUCUGACCAAGCUGGACACCACAGCAGCUAAGAUGGUCCGUGAGAUCAGCCUAACGUUGAUCUUUGAUGCUAAAAUGAUCUUGGAGGAUCUCAAUGAAAUCCAGAUGCAAAGCAACGAUCUAGCCAAGAAUCCCAUUGCUGAGACCUUCCCUGAGAUCCAGAGGAAGAUCCAGCAGUUCAAGGAUCUCUGCAAGCAACACAGGCAGACUUUCCAGAAAGAGCUGGCCAGAAUGUUGCCUUCCAUCCGGGGAGGAGGGCAGGAGGAAGGGACCCUGGUGGACCUCUUGAUGUCCGUCAACCAGUCGCCCUUCAACAGCCAAAGACUCCAUCAAUUUCUGGACAGCAAAAAAAGAGAAAUUAACUUUGUCAAAUCUUAUCUGACUAUUCUAAAUAAUAUAGAAGUUAUCUCAUCUCAGAACAAGCUGGAAGAAAUAGUUCUGGACCCCCAGAAUGUACAUGUGGUCUCCUUUACAUUCACUUCUUUACGUGAAGAGGAGCCAUUUCUGUUGAGCUUACAGAAGUGGCUUCAGGAGCAAUUCUUGCAAGAAUCAACCAAGUCCACAAGAUCCAGUCCUGGGGUGAAGGAAGGCAUGGCCUGGUUUGAAGACAAGGAGAGGACCCGCAAUUCUCGCCAAGCUGCAAAAUCCAUCAAAGACUUUUUCAGUAUCAAUCAAUCCAAUGAGAAGGUCCGCUUUGUUGUGGCCUCAAAACCAGAUGUGGACACCCCAGGAGCCUCAGUACACUUUUAUGAGGAUGGAGAGCUGGUCAGCAAGAACUAUGAGUUGCCCUCAAAACCACUCCAAUUCCUGAUCAGUGAACUGAGACACGACAGCAUUCAACUGAAGUUUCAGCCAGCUGAAUAUGGAAAGGCUUCCAUCUCCAACUAUCUGGUAAAGUACAAGGUUGCAGGGGAAGAUAACUGGAAGACCAUGAGGACAGAGGACAACAGGAGAUGUUCCUGCUGA